AUGAUCAAACGCUCUCAGUCGCACGAAGCCAUCAACAUUCCUUCCGCCACUACCAGUGCCUCUGCACCCUCCCGCCAUGCUGUCAGCGCACGAGCAUCCGCAUAUCCGCCUCAGCGCACUGCAAGUCCUCCCGCGUCGACGUACUUCACACCAUUCUCAGGCGGACACCAUGAAGAUCCAUUGCCCGCGAGCGCGGAUGCUGCAUCGCACUUCGCCUACAGCACAACCUUGCGUAGGCAUCGCGAUGAGGGUCGGCUCGGCCUGCCUCUGCCCGCCUCGGCAGGUGCCGUCUCCAAGCUGGACGAGAUACGUGCUGCUGUCGCCGAAGUGGGAGGCCCGUCGGGGCUCUGGCAACGCAGCGUUGGCGCGUUCAGAACAUGGUUUCCACGCAAGCAGGAAGGGUACAAUAAGGUUCCGAUGACAGAUAAGGAGCCACCACCCCAGACUCCCUCUGCAACAUUCGCGUAUUACACGGUCGAGGACACCCUUGCGCACUUCGGCGUUUCCCCGUCGACCGGGCUUCCGUCAGCGAUCAUAUCGAGCCUGCUAGAGCGGCACGGCUACAAUGAAUUCUCUGUGGAUGCGCCGGAGCCGCUGCUCACCAAGUUUAUCAAGACGGUGUUCGACAACCCGCUCACGCUGCUCUUGUGCGGGAGCGCGGUGGUGAGCGCGAUCAUGGGCAACGUCGACGACGCGGUGAGCAUCACUGUCGCGGUCCUCAUUGUCCUCACGGUCGGCUUCGUGCAAGAACGGCGGUCGGAACAGAGCCUUCUGGCAUUGAACAAGCUCGUUCCGCAUCAUUGCCAUCUGACACGAGAUGGCCAGUCCCUGCACCUGCUUGCGAACGAACUCGUGCCCGGUGAUAUCGUCUCGUUUACGACAGGCGACCGCAUCCCGGCGGACGUGCGUCUUAUCACCGCGGUCGAUCUUGAGAUCGACGAGAGCAGCUUGACGGGAGAGACGGCUGCGAGGCGGAAAGACGUCGAGCCGUGCAAAUCUGAGGCGUCGGCGUUUGCGAACGGCAGUGGCGUGCAUGAGCCGGUGCCCGUUGCGGACCGGACGUGUGUCGCGUUCAUGGGCACUCUCGUGCGGAGCGGCAGGGGCUCUGGCGUAGUGAUCGCCACCGGUACUCAGACAGAAUUCGGCGUGAUCUUCUCAAUGGUCCAGGACGUGGAAGAGAAGCGCACGCCGCUCCAGCUUCGCAUGGACGAGCUUGCCAAGAAACUGUCCAUUGCAUCGUUCGCGAUCAUCGGCAUCAUCUGUGUGAUCGGCGUGCUGCAGCACCGUUCAUGGCUGGACAUGUUCACCAUCGGAGUAUCCCUUGCUGUCGCGGCCAUCCCGGAAGGUCUGCCGAUCGUGACCAUGGUGACGCUCGCGUUGGGCGUUCUGCGUAUGGCACGCCGAAAAGCGAUCGUGAAGAAGCUGCAUUCGGUGGAGGCGCUCGGCUCGGUGUCGGUGAUCUGUUCAGACAAGACGGGAACUUUGACGAAGAACGAGCAAACAGUGAUGGAGAUCUACUCUGUUGACGAAGUUGUUCACAGCAAUAUGGCCGGUCCGGUCCCUCCUCCUCAUCAGAUAUCUAGUGCCAUCAGGAGAACACUUACUAUCGGGGCUCUCUGCAACAAUGCCAGCAAGAAAGAGGAUGGGUCGUACAUCGGGCAUUCCACUGAUGUCGCGUUGUUGAAUGUACUUUCCGUAUUCGGAAUUCCUGAUUCCCGACAGGAAUUCACGCGCCGUUCUGAGGUAUCAUUCGGCUCAGAGCACAAAUACAUGGCUAUAAGCGGCGUACAUGGCUCCUCGUCGACGCCCGUUGUCAACGGCUCUAUUGGCAAGGAAGUGAGUCAAGAGGUGUACUACAUCAAGGGAUCUAUCGACGCCGUUCUCGAUCGAUGUAAGUUUUACUACGUCUCAGACGAAUCUACCCCUGCGCUGGAUGCCAACACAAAGAACGUCAUCUUGACGAGGGCCCAGUCCACCGCGUCCCGUGGAAUGCGUGUUAUCGCAAUCGCAUAUGGUUAUGGAUCCGCAGAGGCAAUGGCCUCUAACCCUACUACGCGCUCGUCUACGCCUCAGCCUUUAUUGAACACAGUCCAGAAGGAUCGUGCGAGGAACAAUCUGGUUUUCGUCGGCUUCCAGGCCAUGCUCGAUCCGCCGCGGAAGGGAGUCGCGGACGCGAUCGCACUGCUGCAGACCGGUGGUGUGCAGGUGGUGAUGAUCACCGGCGAUGCGGAGGAGACGGCGCUUUCAAUCGCUAGGGCGCUCGGCUUGCGGGUGGAUGCGAGAAACGCUGUCGCAUGUCUGACCGGCCAGGCCAUCGAUCGCAUGUCGAAGACACAGCUCAUGGAAGCCGUGGGUGGAGUGAGCGUGUUUGCAAGGACGACUCCGAAGCAUAAAAUGGCGAUUGUGGAGGCAUUCCAGGCCCGUGGGGCUGUCGUGGCCAUGACCGGUGAUGGUGUCAAUGAUGCACCAGCCCUGAAAAUGGCGGAUAUCGGCGUGUCUAUGGGCAAAAGCGGGACAGAUGUGGCCAAGGAAGCUGCGGACAUGAUUCUUGUAGAUGACAAUUUCAGCACGAUCUUGCCGGCGAUGGAAGAAGGAAAAUCCAUCUUCCACAACAUCCAGAACUUCCUCUCGUUCCAGCUCAGCACAGCUGUCGCUGCAAUAUCAUUGAUCACUAUCAGUACGAUGUUCGGUUUGAGCAAUCCGUUGAAUGCUAUGCAGAUUCUCUGGAUAAACAUUCUCAUGGAUGGGCCACCGAGUCAGUCAUUGGGAGUCGAUCCCGUGGACCCUCAAGUCAUGCGAAGACCGCCGAGAAAGAAAGACGAGCCAAUCGUCAGCAAACAGCUUAUGUACCGUAUACUAUUCUCCGCGUGCAUGAUCGUCAUCGGAACGCUGUCCAUCUAUCUCUUCGCCGUGUCUGACAACGACAUGUCGAGACGAGAACAAACAAUGACAUUCACUUGCUUCGUGCUGCUAGAUCUCGUGUCUGCUGUGCAAAAUCGUGGGCUGAGCUGCGGUCUGUUCCAAAAUCGCAUGCUGGUCGUGACGGUGUCGGUAUCUUUCCUCGUGCAGUUGACACUCAUCUACGUAUCCUUCAUGCAAACCAUCUUCCAGACAGAAGCAUUAGGUUGGACAGAUUUGUCGCGGGUGUUGAUAAUUGCGGCGAUGUCAUUUGGAUUGCACGAGGUCCGGCGCCGCUAUGAGCGGUCGAUAGCUGCUACGUCUUCGUAUGCCAAUACUGUCGAGGAGCUUGCAUGA